AUGCAGCAGCAGGCGGCUGUGGUGAGGAUGGGGCCGUGCGGCGGCGACGGCGGCGGCGGGAGGGACAUGGACAUGCGCGGCGUGGGGCGCGUGGUGAGGGUGGCCGUCCGGCACGGCGCCGCCGUGGACGCCAUGUCCGUGCUGUACGAGCGCAGCGGCCGCGAGGAGUGGACCGACCUGUGGGGCGGACCCGGCGGCACGCUUUCCGAGAUAAGCUUGCAGCCGGGAGAGCACCUGACGAGCGUGGCGGGGCACUACGGGCGGCUCGACGGCGAGCUUGUGGUGAGGUCGCUCACCUUCGUCAGCAACGUGCAUGCGUACGGGCCGUUCGGGGAGGAGCGCGGCGUCGCCUUCGAGCUCCCGGCGGCCGCCGGCGGCAAGAUCCUCGGCUUCCACGCGCGCUCCGGCCGCCGCCUCGACGCUCUCGGCACCUACGUCGUCGUCAACAACGCUGGAUAG